AGGCGGGGCUCGCGGCCGCGGGUCGGGCCCCACCUCCCGCACCGUGGCUUCUGGCUUGCUGAGCGAGGACAGCGGGUCUGCCUGGGGACGUCCGGUCGCGGCGGACAUAAUGUCAACUGGAGAUGGUCGACAGACACGGGCUUUUACCAAACCCACUUUUACUGAGGUACAAGCCUCUGCACUGGUAGAAUCAGUAUUUGGGUUCAAAGUCUCUAAGAUCCAGCCACUCCCUAGCUAUGAUGACCAAAACUUUCAUGUUCACAUUUCAAGAACCAAAGAGACUACAGAUGGCCCCGUUGAAUAUGUCCUCAAAAUAAGCAACACGGAGUCUAGUCAGACCCCAGACCUGAUUGAGAUGCAGAACCAUAUCAUCAUGUUUCUGAGAGAAGCUGGAUUUCCAACAGCAUCUGUGUGUCGAACGAAAGGGGACAACACCAUCUCACUCGUGUCCAUUGAUAGUGGAUCUGAAACCAAAAGCUACUUGGUGAGAAUGCUCACCUACCUCCCAGGAAGACCCAUAGCUGAGGUUGCCAUCAGCCACCAUCAGCUAUAUGAAAUAGGAAGGCUAGCUGCCCAGCUGGAUAAAACAUUGGAGGAAUUUCAUCAUCCAAAGUUAAAUCUUCUCCAUCGGGAGAACUUCAUCUGGAAUCUGAAAAACGUUCCACUUCUAGAGAAAUACAUGGGUGCCCUGAGCCAGAAUCGAAACCGGGAGAUUGUUGAACAGGUCAUUCAGCUGUUCAAAGAAGAAGUAAUGACCAAAUUAAGUCAUUUUCGAGAAUGUAUCAAUCACGGUGAUCUUAACGACCAUAACAUCUUAGUAGACUCCAGCAAGUCAGCCUCUGGAGACGCUGUGUAUCAAGUCUCCGGGAUUUUAGAUUUUGGUGACAUGAGCUAUGGCUACUAUGUAUUUGAAGUGGCCAUCACCAUCAUGUACAUGAUGAUUGAAAGCUCGAAUCCUAUACAGGUCGGAGGUCACGUCCUUGCAGGGUUUGAAAGUGUGAUCCCUCUGACCGCUGUAGAGAGGAGUGCUCUGUUUUUCCUUGUGUGCAGUCGGUUUAGUCAGUCCCUUGUCAUGGCCGCGCACUCCUGCCAGCUGUACCCAGAGAACAAAGACUACCUCAUGAUUACAGCGAAAACUGGAUGGAAGCAUUUACAGCAGAUGUUCGACAUGGGCCAGAAGGCUGUAGAACAAAUCUGGUUUGAAACUGCCAAGUCUUAUGAAUCUGGGAUCUCCAUGUGACCAGGGAAAAGUUUGUAUUUCCUUGGCAAUCAAAACUCAGUUAGGCCCAGAUCAAAUUCAUGAAGGAUUUUCCUGCAUAAUUAAAAAUGAAAUGGUAAAACAGAUCCAUUCUAAAUAUGAAGAGGCAAAGAAAGGUCUAGUUUUUACAGCAAUCUUAGGACUGCCUUUUACACUUAAGAAAGUACUACAUUAGAAACACUUUCCUAGUGUGCCAGACCCUGGGCUCAACCUCAGCACUACAGAAAAGAAAAACACAUGCACAACUAAGCAUGUCUUUCUGCAGGUCUUGUUUGCCUGUUACAUGAACCAUACAUGAUGAUAUAUGAUUUGUAAUCAGUCUCUCAAAGUCUAUUCCAGUCCUUAAAUCAAUAACUUUUAAACUGUGAAAAGAAUAUAUAUGUAUAGCUACAUUCACAUAUUUUAAAUAAUCCACAUAUUUUAAACACCUAGCCUACACAGUACUAGUUCCGUGAACUCUGACCUCACCUCUCUAGAAUCCCAUGGCAGUCUGUCUUUUUUGUGGCAUUUCACUGUCUUUCCUGCUUCUGGUUGUGGAGUCAUCUAGCCUGUGUGUACAUUUGACCGUGGCAGAGACCACGAGAGAUUUAUGUCUGUGUGUCUCUUCUUGUGCCUGUGAUACAAGUGCCUUUCCCACCGAAAAGUCUUUGGACACAUUUACAAAGUGAACACAUUCGAAAGGAAAGAUGUUGUGGUGCCCUAGGGGAAAACACG